UUUCUUUUGCGGCCGUGUAUGUAGGCACUUGAAUUUUAUUCACGGCUAUUUUCAAGUGUUAAAUGUGAUGGUUUUUAUUAAAGAUUUACAAAAUGGAUGUGGUAGGCCUUCUGAAUAAUAUACAUGAUAAAUCGGAUAUGUUUGCGGUCAAGACGUGGACGGCGGAAUGGACUAACAAUUUUGAAGAAAACCAGUUGCUAUGGUCUUUCUGCGGGUGCGUCGUGCUCUCACUAGUCGUAGUGUUCUUCUAUUACUACAGGAGAUGGCGGUCGAAAGAAAUGCUAAACGGCGCGCCAGCCACAGUGGAGCCCGCGAAGCGGUUCCGCAAACGCGACAAAAUGCUCUUCUACGGCCGCAGGAUGCUGCGCAAAGUGAAAUCCAUUUCCAACUCGGGCCAGGGCAGGAAACGACGGGCGGUCAUGCGCUUCGCUAGGAAACUACUUCAACUGAAGAAGGAGUCAGCGCCUGAACAGUUGAAGGUCCUAGAACCGCCCGCAGAAUACCUAGAAGAAGACCUUACCAACGACGAUCGGGUGCCGCCGGACGCUCUAUACAUGCUGCACAGUAUCCGAGUGUUUGGACACUUCGAGAAGCCGGUGUUUCUGAUGCUGUGCAAGCACACGGAGAUACUCAAUUUGCCUGCGGGGGCUUUUCUGUUCAAAGUCGGUGACACGGACGAAAACGUGUACGUGGUACAAAAUGGCCGCGUCAACGUGUACAUCACCAACCCGGACGGCAGUAGCUUGUCUCUCAAAGUGGUCAGGGCGGGCGAGAGCGUCACGUCACUGCUGAGCUUCACCGACGUGCUCACGCAAAAUGGCCGCGUCAACGUGUACAUCACCAACCCGGACGGCAGUAGCUUGUCUCUCAAAGUGGUCAGGGCGGGCGAGAGCGUCACGUCACUGCUGAGCUUCACUGACGUGCUCACGGGCCACUCGCAACCGUACAAAACCGUGAACGCCAAGGCUUUAGAGGACUCUCAAGUGAUCAAGCUACCAAUGAGAGCGUUCCAGGAGGUCUUCCACGAGUACCCUGACAUCUUCGUCAGAGUUAUUCAGAUCAUCAUGGUGCGCUUACAAAGGGUAACCUUCACUGCGUUGCAUCAGUAUCUUGGUUUGAGUGCAGAGUUGGUUAAUCCGGGCCGUGAAAAACGCCGGCCUACCACAGUCGCUUCAUCGCCAGGUCGAAAAGUUACAGUCGAUUCCAGUACUUCUAUGCAUUCCCCACACCACAGCGAAAGGGUUGAACAUGCUCAAGAGAACGGGCACAUGGCGUCCUCCCCCAUUAACAUCGCCAGGAAAUCCAGACCGGACAUGGUACCCGACAUUGCUACUAACACACCGCAGCAGCAGCCAGACGUACAACCGACAACGUCGUCCUUCCAAAGGAGCAAAGAGGGGUCGUCGUUCAAGAAGAACAAUACUGAGAAUAUGGACGAACAGGCCCUAAUACGAAUAGCGACCGAGGCUUUUAUCAAGGAGCUCGGACUCGAAAACGAUCAGCUACUGCAGGGUGCGGUCCAAGUCAGGGAUCUACCCGCAGGCACUUACAUCAUGAAAGAGGAGAGCCAUAAGCUCUAUUAUAGUAUCAAAGGUGAACCAGAAAUAGUGCAGGACGUUGCACUGGUGUACCUGCUAUCCGGCGCACUGCUAGUGUCGCAAAAAGUCGCAGAAGGGGAAGGCGAAGUGCAUAUGUUCACGGCUUACCCAGGCGAAGUCGAAGGCGGUCUUGCUGUGCUAACCGGCGAGCCAUCCUUCUUCUCAAUACGAGCGAAACACUUCUCGCGUAUCGGCCUCCUGUCCAAGACAACAGUGUACAGUAUCAUGCGGGAGAGGCCGUCUGUGGUGCUACAUAUCGCCAAUACUGUAGUACGGAGGUUGUCGCCGUUCGUGAGACAAGUGGACUUUGCUCUCGACUGGGUAAGUUACUAAUCCACUUCAGGCCUCCUUUCCAAGACAACAGCGUACAGUGUCAUGCGAGGGAGGCCUUCUGUGGUGCUACAUAUCGCCAAUACUGUUGUACGGAGGUUGUCGCCGUUCGUGAGACAAGUGGACUUUGCUCUCGACUGGGUAAGUUACUAAUCCACUUCAGGCCUCCUUUCCAAGACAACAGCGUACAGUGUCAUGCGAGGGAGGCCUUCUGUGGUGCUACAUAUCGCCAAUACUGUAGUACGGAGGUUGUCGCCGUUCGUGAGACAAGUGGACUUUGCUCUCGACUGGGUAAGUUACUAAUCCACUUCAGGCCUCC